AUGCGGCCUAGAAGUCGGAAUGACUUUACGAUCGCAAUCAUCUGCGCACUCACUCUCGAGGCUGACGCUGUUGACGGCCUUUUCGAUGAAACCUACGACCGUCUCGGGCAACACUACAGCAAACAAUCAGGUGAUCCAAAUGCUUAUAUCAAUGGAAGAAUUGGCAAGCAUAAUGUUGUUCUGUGCUACUUGCCUAGUAUAGGCAAACGAAGCGCAGCAAGUGCUGCUUCGAGCCUGCAGGUCAGCUAUACUAACAUCGAGCUUGUCUUAGUUGUUGGUAUAUGUGGAGGCGCCCCAUCGUCACCUAGUGGACAAGGGAUAUUCCUGGGCGACGUUAUCAUUAGCGAUUCUGUGGUCCAAUAUGACUUUGGUAGGCAGUACCCUAGUGGCUUUCAACGAAAGUCUGGAGUAAAGGACAAACUAAGUCGACCGAACCGAGAGAUCCGAACUCUUCUAAAUGCUCUCAGGGCUGAAAAUACCCACAACGAAUUCCAAAGCCGGAUUCAGCAAUAUCUCAACACGCUUCAACAAAUGGGAGCCAGUUGGUGCCAUCCACAAACCCAUGAUGUUCUUUUCAAUGCUUCUUACAUUCACAAACAUGACAGCUCUGUAAUAUGUGACUGCUCCGACAUAACCGGGGAAAUCUGCAGCGCUGCACUAGAGGGAAACUGUGAUGAUCUUGGAUGUGACAAAAGCCAAGUAAUCCGGUGUCGAGAAGAUGCUACCAAGGUCUCAGCACAUAUUGGAACCCUCGCUUCCGCCGAUACUGUGAUGAAGUCCGGACAGCACCGUGAUGCCAUAAUCAGGGAGGAAGCGGUCAUAGGGUUUGAAAUGGAAGGGGCAGGAGUGUGGGAUGACAUCCCAUGUAUUGUCAUCAAAGGUGUGUGCGAUUAUGCAGACAGCCAUAAGAACAAGGAAUGGCAAGCAUACGCUGCAGCAACUGCAGCCUCUGCGGCAAAAGUUUUACUGGAAUAUUGGAGGCCUCGGAGUCACGAAGACAAAGGCAGAUCUCGUCAUUUGAUGAUCCCGUUCAGGAGAAAUUUGCGCUUUGUGGGCAGGCAGGACGAGAUGAGUAAAUUAGAGGAAACAAUAUCGACAGCCCAAGGGCCACAAAAACUCGCCAUCACAGGCUUGGGCGGGGUUGGUAAGACCCAAGUGGCCCUAGAGCUGGCUUACCGUAUGCAAGACCGAGAUCCUGAAUGUUCAAUCUUCUGGAUCCCCUGCACCAGCCAUCAGGCUGUUGAACAGGCCUGGAGGACUAUUGCAGAGAUGUUAGGUAUCUCAGAUGCGAAUUCAGCACAGAUGAAAGAACGUAUCAAGCAUUUCUUUGCCAAAAAGGAUUGGAAGUGGCUGCUUAUCUUCGACAACGCAGAUGAUAUGGACAUGUGGAUGGAAGGCAGCAGUACGAGCCCGCCACUAAAAGACCUCCUUCCUGAUCAUAACCAAGGUCAUAUCGUCUUCACUACUCGCAAUCGGAAGUUAGCCGUGAAGUUGGCAUCAUCCGACGUGAUACAUGUUCGCGAGCUCGAUGAGAAGACAGGCGUGGAAUUUUUGGAAAAGUCCCUGAUACAAAAAGGUCUGCUCAGCGACAGUCAUCUUGUGCUCGCCCUUCUUGAACAGCUCACAUUUCUCCCAUUGGCGAUUGCUCAAGCAGCGGCAUAUAUGAACGAGAACAGUAUUGACAUCUCGGAUUACCUACUGCUUCUCCAAGAACAGGAGGCAGAUGUUGUGGAGCUACUGAGCGAGGAUUUUGGUGAUGAUGGACGCUAUACGGAUAUGCAAAACCCAGUAGCCAUGACUUGGCUAAUAUCGUUUCAGCAAGUUCAGAAGCUUGACCAACUUGCCUGCGACUAUUUGUCACUCAUGGCUUGUGUUGCUCCACGUAAUAUUCCAGAAUCGUUGCUUCCACCACCAGCAUCCAAGAAGAAGAAGACCGAUGCUCUGGGCCUUCUCAGCGCAUACUCUUUUAUUACAAUCCAACCAGGAAAUGCUUCCAUAUCCCUACAUCGCCUGGUACAUCUGGCAACACGAAAUUGGAUGAAGAAGGAGAGCCAAUUUCCUCGCUACAUAAAAAUUGCAGCUGGUCGGUUAAUCGAGAUAUUCCCUGCUAGUUAUGAAAACAACUACAAGCUUUGGUUAGAAUAUCUGCCCCACAGUAUGGUUUUGUUGAUUGAGCAGGAUCUUAAAGAAAACCGACAGUUGUAUUUUGACUACAUACAGAACGUGGAAGCCUGCUUAAGUGGUGUUGGGGGAAAGCUGUUGGAGCAGGUAGUGGUGGUCUCAAAAAAGGUUCUAGGCCCACAGCAUCUCGAUACCCUCUCUAGGAUGGAAAACCUUGCAGCAGAAUAUUGGAAUGAAGGGAAAUUGAAGGAAGCAGAAGAGCUAGACAUACAGGUAUUGGAAACCCGGAAGUUGGUGCAAGGACCAAUGCACUUUUCAACUGUGACUGCAAUGAAUAGCCUUGCAUUGGUAUACGCUAGUCAGGGACGAUGGAAAGAAGCAGAAGAGCUGCAAAGAGAGGUAGUCAAACAUCGGUACCAGACACCAGGGCCAGAGCAUCCUACGACUAUAAACAGCAUAGAAUUCCUCGCCAAGAUUUUGAAGCAACUGGGAAACACCUCAGAAGCUCUAACUCUCCUCAGGACAUGUGCGAAUCUCCGUGUCAAUUAUUACGGCCCGAAUCAUCUACUUGCUAAGAUGUUGUGGAGGAGAUUUGAUGAGUGGGAAACCGAGGAUAGCACAUCAAAGGACCGGACAAGAGAGGCUUUGGCAGAGACUUCCGAGGUUUUUGCUAUCCAAUCUCCUCCCACCCAGCAUGAGGAAUCAGCUCAAAGAGACCCAAAGAGACUCAAAUCCUAUCAUGGAGGCUACACAAAGGAGACUUCUCCAAGAUGA